GAGAAAGAAAAAGGAACAGAAAAAGAGAUCACUUGAAUUGAAUUCCAUCGUAAUGAAGGACUUUUUCCUGUGGAGACUAAAAGUUUUACGCGCGUAACUUCCUGCUCAGAAAUGAUGGAGGACUGAACCUUAGACCUUGAGGCAAGCCUCUGCCACUGGGCUAAAUCUCCACCCCUGAGGAUGACAGUACCUAACCAAUUUUCACAGAUGGACAGUUGAACUACUUGGAAAAAUUGAUCUUUCCUUGAAAGCGAGUACAGGUCGUGCUGCAAUUAGUUCAUUGAAAACUCAGUUGCUCUCCCAGCGGUCGGGCAGAGUGCUCUUGGCUUCUUUUCUGCUAUUAAGAUCUCCUAUAGAGAACUGCAACAAUGCCCAAAAGAAAGGCUGCAGGUCAAAGUGAUGUGAAGCAAGAGCCAAAGAGAAGAUCAGCCAGACUGUCUGCUAUGCCUGUGCCCAUUAUACCAGAGUUGAAACCCAAAAGAUCAUCAACUUCAAGGAAAAUUACCAAAAAUGAUAUGAUGGAAAAAAACUUAGAUACAAAUGCCAAAGCAGUUGCUGAAGACAAGCAAGAAGUUGUUGAAGAAUGCAACAAUGAAAAUGCUGAAAAUGGAGAAGCCAAAAUUAUAGAGGUGUCUUACAAUGUUAACAAAUUUAUCCGUUUGAAAGCUUGAAAAUGGAUGAAGCUGAAAGAAAUCUCAUUUGCCUUUUAUUUUAAAAGUUGAGAAACACUAAAUGAAUAAUGAUUCUAUAAUUAAUAGUAAUAAAGAGAAAUGAUAAUUUAAAAUAUGAGAAUUUACAGGUACUGGUGGAGAGAGCAGUGGGCUAGCACUGCUGUUACUUGAAAAAUACUAGUGAUCAUGACUUGAUACUAAUAUAAUGAACCUCUUAUUAACUGCAGACCAAUCCUCUAUCGCUUUUGUCAGCAUACGGACUAUUUGCGAAUUCCUUUCCAAGAAAUCUGUAAAUUCCCUUUAUUUCCCCUACAUAUUGCAAACAAGACAUUAUAUAAGUGUUUUAAUAGGUUUUGCAUAUUUAAUGCAUUAUUCAUUUUCAGAUAUUGUAGUAAGAUUCUGAAAAUGGGAUUUACUGAUCAAAUCUACAAAACAAAUGUAUAUAUGGAAUAUCUUCUGUAACUGUAUAGGACAUUGCAAGUAAUUUUCAUUUUUUGAAAAGCCCAAAUCUUCCCUUUGUAAAAACAAAAUGUAUCAUUUUCCCAAGGACUAUCUUUUGUUUACAUGCAUGCUACUCAGUGAGAAUACUGACAUAGAAUGACUCUGUAAUCCUGUAUUUACUGUGUUCAUCUUCAUAUUUGUAAUGAAGAAUAUUUUAUGAAUAAGCCUUCCUGAAUUUAUUGUUGCAGAUUUCUAUUUGUGAAUGUUUGUGUGGCUUUAAUCUUAUUUCUUAGAAUGUUUUCUCUAUGUUAUGAUUUUCCAUAGGUAAAUUACUUUAUUAUAAAAUAAGUAUUAGUCAUUCCAUGAAAUAGAUACAUUCUGAUCUAAGUAAGUGGGAGAAACAGUUCCAAUUUACCAUCUUGUUUU